GCCCAUUCAUCAGCGUGGUCCUGUCGAAGCUGGAGAACAUGCUGGAGAACUCGCUGCAUGUGAACUUGCUGCUCAUCGGCAUCAUCACGCAGCUGGCCAGCUACCCCCAGCCCCUCCUGCGCUCCUUCCUGCUCAACACCAACAUGGUCUUCCAGCCCAGCGUGCGCUCGCUCUAUCAGGUCCUUGCGUCUGUGAAAAACAAGAUCGAACAGUUUGCGUCUGUGGAGAGAGACUUCCCCGGCCUCCUCCUCCAAGCCCAGCAGUACCUGCUUUUCCGGCUGGACAUGUCCGAUAUGACCCCUGCGACACUAACCAAAGAUCCCAUUCAAGAGGCACCCAGGACAGGAAGUGGCAAGAACCUUUUGGAUGGUCCUCCGAGAGUGCUUCAGCCCUUCCUGACCAACAGAGCCAAGAUGUCAGGGGCGCCCCCAAACCUGCCUCUGCCGGUGAGGAACGCCAUGCUGGCUGCCGCCCUCUUCCCGGAGUUCCUAAAGGAGCUAGCUGCCUUGGCCCAGGAACACUCCAUCCUGUGCUGCCAGCUCCUGGGCGACUUCCAGGACUCCUGUUGUUAGCGUUUAUAU